AUGUUCCACCACGAGAAUCAUCCGCUGUCGACGGAAGUUAGGUUCCACUACGGAGUCUCAACCGAAUCGCGGGUUAUGGAUCUGGUCAACAAUGACAAGUUGAUCAGCGAACUGAGGGAGGAGUUCAAGAAGGCGUUCGGUAUUAUCAUUGCAUCCGAGUUUAUCGAUCUGAGAACUAGUGAGUGAUUUCGACUACUUUUGACUUUCCAAUUAUUUGCCAACUUUCAGCGAGCUACGGUGAUCCGGUCACUUGUUCGGCGGUCUUCUGGAACGGCAUCUCCGAAUGGCCAUCGACGCAUCUCGACGUGUUCGUGUCGAUCCGCGACGCGGUGAUCUACAACGGACACGCCUAUCCGACCAGAACCGAAGCGAUGAUUGAUGAGGAGCUCCGACGCGAGAAGGCGCAAGAGGCGCAGUUCCGAAUCAUGAAAGACACGCAAAUCGCCGAGGAGCAGUUGGAGAUUCGUGAAAUGAUUGAGGCGCAGAAGAAGGAGAUGGAGGCGAUGAAGACGGAAAUGGAGAAGAUGAAGAUGGAGAUUAAGGAUCAGGCGGAGAAGCUGAUGAAAAAUACGCACAGCGACGCGCACGACGCGAACUGCGACGGAUGCCGUCAGCACAUCCGCGGCCACCGCUUCAUGUGCUCCGUGUGCCACGACUACGACCUGUGCGCGACGUGCGAGGCGAAAGGAACCCAUCCCGAACACACCAUGUACCGCAUUGUGCGCCCCGCCGGUAUCGCUGACGCCGACGCGCCCUGGUGGCUGAAGAAGGAGGCGGCGGCGGCGGCGGUGAAACUCGAUGUCAUGAAGCAGAAUGAUGAUGAUGAGGUGGAUGACUUGGAGAUGUUCGAUGACGAAGAGGUCUUGGCUGCUCUUCGUGGAGAAGGCGAGCCGGAGGAAGAGGAAGAAGAAGAGGAAGAGCUUCACACCGCCGUUGCUCCGACUCCAGAGCCACAGGAGGAAGAGUAUGAAACUGAAUGGUAG